AUGUCCGCUGCAGGCCUUGAUAUGUCACUUGAUGAAAUCAUUGCAAAAAAAAAACCUUCAAGAGGAAAUAGGAGUGGAGGCCCUACCCGUGGUGGUGGCAUUGCAAAACGUUCAGGUGGACCAGUUAGAAACACUCGAUCUUCACUGGCUAGAUCUCGCCCUUACGCCGCAACCUCUACAGCAACAAACAUCUCCGCUUCUCCCGAAGGAAAAAUCCUUGUUUCAAACCUCGCUUACAAGGUGUCAGAGGCAGAUCUUUGGACCUUUGUACGAAAAUUUUUAUCGUCAACGGCCCUUCUUCGCCUUGUUGCUUUGGUACCUGGAGAAUCAGAAAUCUUUUCUACAACGUUUUCCAAUCCGAACAACCUUAUUGCUCCUUCUGAAAACAAACCACCUGACCGCUAUCAAACCCUCCUCCACACCCGCACUUCGACACCCCUAAUCCCUUUACAACAUCAGGAACUCUUCCAGACUAUGAUCGGUCCCGUACGCCAGGUUAACCUUAACUUUGACCAAAGUGGACGUUCGAAGGGUGGAUCUCGCAGAGCAGAUAACAGACCGAAAAAAACCCAAGAGGAAUUGGAUGCUGAAAUGAGUGAAUAUAUGCAGAUUGAUGAAGAUUCAUCUCAGGCAGCUGAUUCUGCUACAGCUCC